AUGGUUGCAAGCAAUCAAGAUGAAGAACGUGAAGUCACCGAGUGCCCCAAGAAGCCGAUGAACGCUUUCUUGCUGUGGUUUCUGGAUCCUUCCAACACCAUGAAGCAACGUCACCCAGGAUUGAAACAUGCGGAGCUGAUGAGCGUCGCGUCUGAGCAUUGGAAAUCGAUGAAGGAGAUUGAGAAGGGAGUUUACAAGAAGAAAUACUCUCAGCUGAUGGAUCAGUGGAAUCGAGAUGUCGCAGCUUACAAGAAGUACUGCGCUGCCCAUGGCAUAAGGCCCAAGUUUCAGGUCAGCGCGGAUGCUCAAGAGAAGAAACGAGAUUGUGCGGGCGAUGAUGAUGAUGCGGGGACGAAGAAAUCGAUCUCAGCGUACUGGUUGUGGAGCCAUCAAGCUCGUGAGGAGAUUCGAAAGGAGAAUCCUAAGAUGCCCAUGAAAGAGGUCAUGCAGAGAAUGGGCGAACGAUGGAAAAAGAUUACGCCCGAGGAGAAGCACGAGUGGGAAGACAAGGCCAGGAGCGAGAACGAGAAACAGAAGAAGAAGCAGAGCUCUGCCAAGAAGCGCGAGCCC